AUGAUGACUGAUUGGGAUUAUGACUACCUGAUCAAGCUCCUGUCAUUAGGGGACUCUGGAGUGGGGAAGACCACCUUCCUCUACAGGUACACCGACAACAUGUUCAACCGCAAGUUCACCACCACAGUGGGAAUAGACUUCAGGGAAAAGAGAGUGGUGAGUCGUGAUGCUUUACUUCAAUGUGUAGCCCAUGACAUUAAUUUCAAACAUAUCAUUAAUUUUCAGUCAUCCCUGCUCCACACCAGCUUCCAAUGAUAAUGUGGUUAUGCAAAUCCAAAUGUUGAAUAUUGGAUUGUUUUUUGGAUGGAAUAGUAGGGGAUCAACUCACAAUUAAAAUAGAACAUUGGUAAAACAUAUUCCAGAGCCAAAGAGUAUGCCUUUGGUCUCAGCUCUUGAGAUGACACUUAUUCUACAACUUUCUUGUGUCUUCAGACGUAUUUGGGGACUGGUUCUGAUGGAAUGACAGAGAAGACUUUUAAAGUGCACCUACAGCUCUGGGACACAGCAGGGCAAGAGAGGUAGGCCACAACAAGCAGACAGUACAUUUGAUAUCUGAACUGUCCUGCUCUGCAAGUCUGUCACAUUUCAUGGUAUUUGCUGUUUUUCUAGGAGUAUACUGUAUGUAGAAAUUCAAAGGCAACUUUGCAUCAUUGUUAGAUGAGCAUUUUUAAUGGUAUAAUCCACAUCUAUAGCGUUACCAGCAUUUGAACAUUGUUGUAAUUGCAUAAAUUCCAGGUUCAGAAGUCUCACUACAGCCUUCUUCAGAGACGCAAUGGGCUUCCUUCUUAUGUUUGAUCUGACCAAUCAGCAGAGUUUUCUGAAUGUCAGGAACUGGAUGAGUAUGUCUCAGCACACUGAUCUGCCAAAGCACUUAGAUCAAUGUCAGCCUGUGUAAAUCUAUAGUCAGUUUGAAUCAUCCAUUUAGUAGAGCCUGUAAGUACAAUACCACAUUGAUAGUGUAUUUUACGUUGUAUUUGGCAUUAUAGUGAAUUAUCUCAAUCUAGCAGGGUAGCUUACUGUGUGUGAUUCAAAUACUAACUUACAUAUCCAUCAAUAACUGAAAUAUGAUUACCUCUUGUUGUGAUUGUUCAGGUCAGCUACAGGCAAAUGCCUACUGUGAUAGUCCAGACAUAGUCUUAGUUGGCACCAAAGCAGACCUCAAAGACCUGAGAGAUGUACAAGGAAAACAAGCCAGAGAGCUGGCGGACAGAUAUGGGUAAGUGAGAUCGAUGCCUGCUUGCUCAGGACAAAGUUCUGCUACCUCUGUGAAAUGUGAUCUGACCAUUGGCACAGCUCACUUCUCCAGUGCCUUACCAUGAACUGAGGUUGUUUGAGUUCAUACUUUCAGCACCACUGUAAAGCAUUUAUACCGAUCUAGAUCGAAUGCUCCAAACAGGCCCACUAUUUUUCCUAUUUCUGUUAAUUCACAAGGAGGUGGAGUCAGUUAGCUACUACCAGCCACUCUAUGGAUCCUCUUUAGCAUCAUUAAAGGCCCUGUGCAGUCAAAAACGUGAUUUCCUGUGUUUUGUAUAUAUUUCCACACUGAGGUUGGAAUAAUAUUGUGAAAUUGUGAAAAUUAUGAUAAUGCCCUUUUAGUGUAAGAGAUGUUUGAAAAUACUGGCUGAAAUUUCAGCCUGUUUAGGUGGGAUGGAGAUGUGGCCUGCCUGGUUAUAUCACCAGGUGGUAAAUGUGUUAUUAGACCAAUAAGAAAGAGAGUUCCAAACCUCUCUGCGAAUAACAGCUAGUGAUCAUUUCCCCCCCCCUCCCCACUCAGACCACUCCCAGACAAUCCUAGCAAAAUUAUUUCUUGAGAAAUUGCUCUUUGCUAAGAAGCUAUUUUUGCUUCUUUUUGACCAUUUAACUUGAAAACAAUCACAGUAAGGUACUUAAUUGUUACCCAGAAAUGAUUUCAACUUUAAACUAAAAAUGACCCUUUUAGAAAUAAACCACAAUUUAACUGAACGUUGUGGCCUUUAUCCAUUCAUUAAUAAUCACUAUAAUCAGUAAAGUGUUCAGUUUAAUAAGUCCCUCCCUUUCUCCCUAGUGUCCCCUAUUUUGAGACGAGUAGUGCCACAGGGGAUGAAGUAGACCAGGCAGUGACCACUCUGCUGGACCUGGUGAUGAGGCGCAUGGAGCAGAGCACAGAGGGGCCUGUGUCAGAGGCUGCCAAUGGGAGCGCUGCCAUUAAUGACGUGGCUGAAACCUCCACCAGCAGGAAGUGUGCCUGUUAGGAUGUCAGCCACAUUCCAUGGACAUGUGGUUGGCUGCAUUCAGAAUGAAGGACCAUCCAUGUGUAACUAUUGCAUCAGGGGAGUUUUAUUACAUUGACAAGUUCAAUUAUCCCAUACAGUAUUUUAAGGAUGGGUAUUAUCCUCUUAUGCAAUAAUGUGUUUAUUUUUGGAUUGAUAACUGCUGCACUGACAAGCUAUUUAUUCCCAACCUGGUCAGUAUUAUCUUCCGAGUCUGUACAUGUACUGUACAGUAUGUUAAUGACCAGAAACAAGCAAUAUAACACACAAUCCAGUUUUAUAAUAUUGUAAAAUGAUUAAAAAGUAAAUGAAAGC